AUGGUGUCUACUCUGGAGGAAAAGCCAGAGGAACAGAUUGAGGGCCUCUCCAAAAAGGCGAAUGAUCAGGAAAAAGAAACCAUGGAAUCAGGGUUCAAGACAAAGAUGCAGAAGGCUCGGUUCAUCUUCAAAGGAGGCAUUGUGAAGGAAAACAGUAUGGAAAGUAAAGAAUUUUAUGAACGCAUUGGGCGUUCUUGGAAACGGGGGUAUUUCCUUUAUGGGCCUCCUGGAACGGGAAAAACAAGCCUCGUUGCAGUAAUUGCUAAGUAUAUGAAAUACGAUCUUUUCGAACUUAAGCUCUCCAAGGUGAAAGACAAUAGUGAGCUCCGUCAGCUUUUACGGGAAACGUGGAACAAAUCCGUUAUUAUUAUUGAGGAUAUUGAUUGGUCACCUAAUUUAACUCAGAGGGGUGGUAAAAUGGAGAGGUUGAGUGAGAAUAAUGUUUCGCUUUCUGGUUUGCUCAAUGCAUUAGAUGGACUUCAGUCUUGUGUUGCAGAAGAGCGCAUUUUUAUCUUGACUACAAAUAAUAAGGACAUGCUGGAUUUGCACAUACUUUUAUCGUUCUGCUCGUUUCCUGCGUUUAAAACUCUUGCGAAAAAUUAA